CAUAUAUAUGAAUGAAUUUACAAGUCAGAGACGCCAACUUUGGCUCUGCAAUUAGUAUUUAAUCUACAAAAUCUUAGGGUUCUUUCUCUAGUAUUGUUUACAAAAUAGAAAGAUUAUUGUUUGAAGAUUCACCAUGAGACAGUGUAUUUUUGGUUCUUCACUUGGUAUUAUUCUUUGUGUCUUCAUCUGUUUGCAUAACUUUGCACAAGCUCAAACUGCAAACGCUACUACAGACCCUUCUGAAGCAAGAGUUGUACACUCGAUCUUUAGCAAAUGGGGAAAAUCAGCAGACCAAACUCAAUGGAACAUAAGUGGCGAAAUAUGCAGUGGAAGAGCCAUUGAUAGCAGUACCACCAUUGAUGACACCACUUACAACCCAUUCAUCAAAUGUGAUUGUUCCUUCAACAACAAAACCACAUGCCGCAUCACUGCAUUGAAAGUUUAUGCAUUGGAUGUGAUUAGUGAAAUCCCACCAGAGCUAUGGACUCUUACUUAUCUCACCAAUUUGAACCUUGGCCAAAAUUACUUGACGGGGUCUCUACCUCCGGCAAUUGGAAAUCUGACUCGUAUGCAAUACAUGUCCAUUGGCAUCAAUGCUUUGUCAGGAGAGCUUCCAAAGGAACUGGGAGAUCUUACACAGUUGAUAGUAUUGGGUUUUGGGUCCAAUAACUUCUCUGGAUCUUUGCCAUCUGAACUUGGGAAGCUGGUAAAACUAGAACAACUCUACAUGGAUAGUUCUGGAAUCAGUGGUCCCAUUCCACCCACAUUUGCAAGUCUUACGAAUAUGGUGACAGUAUGGGCUUCAGACACAGAACUCACAGGCAGAAUACCCGACUUCAUAGGAAAUUGGUCUAAGCUUCAAUCCUUGAGGUUUCAGGGUAAUUCAUUUGAAGGUCCAAUACCCUCAUCAUUAUCCAAUUUGACUUCUUUGACAGAGUUGAGAAUAAGUGGUCUAUCUAAUAGGAGCUCAUCAUUGGAAUUUGUAAGGAAUAUGAAGUCUAUGACUAUCUUAGAAUUGAGGAAUAACAAUAUUUCUGGUUCAUUUCCUUCCACCAUAGGAGAAUUGCAAAAUUUGACCCUGCUGGACUUGAGUUUCAACAACAUCUCAGGACAAAUUCCUGGAUCAAUUUUCAAUUUGAGCUCGCUCUCUUCCUUGUUUCUUGGAAAUAACACACUCAGUGGCAGUCUCCCUCAACAGAAAAGAUCAUCUCUUAACAACAUCGACUUGUCAUACAAUGAUCUAUCAGGAAGCUUCCCCUCUUGGAUAAACGAACAAAAUUUACAAUUGAACUUAGUAGCCAACAACUUGACAAUAGAAAAUUCAAAUAGCAGUGGUUUGCCAACUGGGCUCAACUGUCUUCAGAAAAAUUUUCCAUGCAAUCGUGGUGCUGGAAGAUAUUCUGACUUUGCGAUCAAGUGUGGUGGUCCCCAAAUUAGAACUACAGAUGGAAUUGUGUAUGAAACGGACAAUGAGACACUUGGUCCUGCUACUUACUUUGUUACUGACACAAAUAGAUGGGCUGUUAGUAAUGUUGGAACAUUUACCGGGAUCAGCAAUCCUCUGUUCAAAAGUUUUGUUUCGAAUCAGUUCACUGGUACUGUGAACUCGGAGCUUUUUCAAUUUGCUCGGCUAUCUGCAUCAUCAUUAAGAUAUUACGGUUUGGGAUUGGAAAAUGGUUUUUACAACAUAACCCUCCAAUUUGCGGAAACAGCUAUUCUGGAUUCUACUACAUGGAAAAGCCUAGGUAGACGGGUCUUUGAUAUUUAUAUCCAGGGGACUCGUGUAUUGAAGGAUUUUGACAUACAAAGAGAAGCUGGAGGUGUCUCCUACAGAGCUGUUCAAAAACAAUUUAGGUUUGAAGUUAAAGAAAAUUAUGUCGAGGUCCAUCUUUUUUGGGCGGGAAAAGGAACUUGUUGCAUACCUGGCCAAGGUACUUAUGGACCCUUGAUUCAAGCCAUCAGUGCUACCCCAGAUUUCAUACCUUCUGUCAGUAACAAACCUCCGAGCAGUAAAAAGAAUAGAGCGGGUCUAAUCAUAGGAAUCGUUGUUGGUGUUGGAGCUGUAUGCUUUCUAGCAGUUUUUGCCAUUUUCUAUAUCAACCGGAGAAGAAAACUCUACGAUGAUGAUGAAGACCUUUUAGGCAUUGAUACAAUGCCAAAUACUUUCAGCUACUCUGAGUUGAAAAAUGCUACAAGUGACUUCAAUCGUGACAAUAAACUUGGAGAGGGAGGUUUUGGACCUGUUUAUAAGGGGAUACUUAACGAUGGAAGAGAUGUGGCUGUGAAACAAUUAUCUAUAGGAUCCCAUCAAGGAAAAAGUCAGUUCGUAGCUGAGAUUGCUACUAUAUCUGCUGUGCAGCACCGUAAUCUUGUCAAAUUAUACGGAUGCUGUAUUGAAGGGAGUAAAAGACUACUUGUCUACGAGUAUUUAGAAAAUAAGAGUCUUGAUCAAGCAUUGUUUGGAAAUGUUUUAUUCCUAAAUUGGUCAACCCGCUAUGAUAUAUGUAUGGGUGUUGCAAGAGGUUUGACAUAUUUACAUGAGGAGUCGCGGCUCCGGAUUGUACACCGUGAUGUGAAGGCUAGUAAUAUUCUACUCGAUUCUGAGCUUGUCCCAAAAAUAUCUGACUUUGGAUUGGCUAAAUUAUAUGAUGAUAAAAAAACCCAUAUAAGCACCCGUGUUGCUGGAACAAUUGGAUAUCUUGCACCGGAGUAUGCCAUGCGCGGACACCUUACAGAGAAAGCAGAUGUUUUUUCCUUUGGUGUCGUGGCUCUGGAGUUAGUUAGUGGGAGGCCGAAUUCUGAUUCAACUUUGGAAGGAGAGAAGAUGUAUCUUCUAGAAUGGGCUUGGCAGCUUCAUGAAAGAAACACUAUAAAUGAACUGAUAGAUCCUAGACUAUCAGAAUUCAACAAGGAAGAAGUCCAACGCCUUGUGGGAAUAGCACUUUUGUGCACUCAGACAUCACCAACUUUACGGCCAUCAAUGUCACGUGUAGUAGCAAUGCUUUCAGGAGAUAUUGAAGUGGGCACUGUGACAUCAAGGCCCGGAUACUUGACUGACUGGAAAUUUGACGACGUUAGCAGCAUCAUGACUGACGUUUCAGCGAAGGGACUAGAUACAAGUAAUUACAAUUCAACGGCAAGUACAAGCAUAGUUGGUGGUGCAGAUAUUCAUUCACCAAAUGAUCCUUCUAAAGCCAUCCUUCAUGACACUCUUAGAGAGGGUAGGUAAAAAUGUGUGUAUUAUUCAUGAAUUGUCUUGACCAAAUGUACAAACAAACAAUAAUAAUGUAUUGUGCUCCAAAUUUUUGUUCCUAUUUUUUGCCAUUUUGAUUUGUAAUGUAAGUACACUACACCAUCUUCUAUGACAUUCCAAAUGUACAUUGUAACAAUGGUAUUCUUCAUAUAA